GUCUCCGCUCGGGGCGGGCGCCCGACUCUGGGAUUUCGUUGCGAGAGCGGGCUGGGGGGGCCGGGGGCGAGCUCUCGGUUCCCCGGCCGCCCCCUGCUCGGGCUCGCCUCCCCCCUCCCCCGCUCCUCGCCGGCCCGGGCUCUCGGCGUUUCCACGCUCUCGGAAUCACGACCCCUCCCUGCCAUGUAUCCGCAAGGCAGACAUCCGGCUCCCCAUCAACCUGGGCAGCCGGGAUUUAAAUUCACGGUGGCCGAGUCUUGUGACAGGAUCAAAGACGAAUUCCAGUUCCUGCAAGCUCAAUAUCACAGCCUCAAAGUGGAGUACGACAAGCUGGCGAACGAGAAGACGGAGAUGCAGCGCCAUUAUGUGAUGUAUUAUGAAAUGUCCUAUGGCUUGAACAUUGAAAUGCACAAGCAGACAGAGAUUGCGAAGAGACUGAACACAAUUUUAGCUCAGAUCAUGCCUUUCCUGUCACAAGAGCACCAGCAGCAGGUGGCCCAGGCAGUGGAGCGUGCCAAGCAGGUCACCAUGACAGAGCUGAACGCCAUCAUCGGGGUACGUGGACUCCCCAAUCUGCCUCUCACCCAGCAGCAGCUCCAGGCGCAGCACCUCUCCCAUGCCACGCACGGCCCCCCGGUCCAGCUGCCGCCCCACCCGUCAGGCCUCCAGCCUCCUGGGAUUCCCCCCGUAACAGGGAGUAGCUCUGGGCUGCUGGCCCUUGGUGCCCUGGGUAGCCAGGCCCACCUGGCAGUGAAGGACGAGAAGAACCACCAUGAACUGGACCACAGAGAGAGAGAGUCCAGUGCGAACAACUCAGUGUCACCUUCAGAAAGCCUUCGGGCCAGUGAGAAACAUCGGGGCUCCGCAGAUUACAGCAUGGAAGCCAAGAAGCGGAAGGCAGAGGAGAAGGACAGUCUGAGCCGAUACGACAGUGACGGGGACAAGAGUGAUGACCUUGUGGUGGAUGUCUCCAAUGAGGACCCAGCAACGCCCCGGGUGAGCCCUGCACACUCCCCUCCCGAAAACGGGCUGGACAAGGCCCGUGGUCUGAAAAAGGACGCCCCCACCAGCCCUGCCUCGGUGGCUUCCUCCAGUAGCACACCUUCCUCCAAGACCAAAGACCUUGGUCAUAACGACAAAUCAUCCACCCCGGGGCUCAAGUCCAACACACCAACUCCUAGGAACGAUGCCCCAACUCCAGGCACCAGCACCACCCCGGGGCUCCGCUCAAUGCCAGGCAAACCUCCAGGCAUGGACCCGAUAGGUAUAAUGGCCUCGGCCCUCCGCACACCCAUCUCCAUCACCAGCUCGUACGCGGCCCCCUUUGCCAUGAUGAGCCACCAUGAGAUGAACGGGUCCCUCACCAGCCCCAGUGCCUACGCCGGCCUUCACAACAUCCCGCCGCAGAUGAGCGCAGCCGCCGCCGCCGCCGCCGCCGCCUAUGGCCGAUCGCCAAUGGUGAGCUUUGGAGCUGUUGGUUUUGACCCUCACCCUCCCAUGCGGGCCACAGGUCUGCCCUCAAGCCUCGCCUCUAUUCCCGGAGGGAAACCGGCGUACUCCUUCCACGUGAGCGCUGAUGGGCAGAUGCAGCCCGUGCCCUUCCCCCAUGAUGCACUGGCAGGCCCUGGCAUCCCCAGGCACGCCCGGCAGAUCAACACACUCAGCCACGGGGAGGUGGUAUGCGCCGUGACCAUCAGCAACCCCACUCGCCACGUCUACACGGGUGGCAAGGGCUGCGUGAAGAUCUGGGACAUCAGCCAGCCUGGCAGCAAAAGCCCCAUCUCCCAGCUGGACUGCCUGAACAGGGACAACUACAUCCGCUCCUGCAAGCUGCUCCCGGAUGGGCGCACGCUCAUCGUUGGUGGUGAGGCCAGCACACUCACCAUCUGGGACCUGGCAUCGCCCACACCCCGCAUCAAGGCCGAGCUGACGUCCUCGGCCCCGGCCUGUUACGCCCUGGCCAUCAGCCCCGACGCCAAAGUCUGCUUCUCCUGCUGCAGCGACGGGAACAUUGCUGUGUGGGACCUUCACAACCAGACGCUGGUCAGGCAGUUCCAGGGUCACACAGAUGGAGCCAGCUGUAUAGACAUCUCCCACGACGGCACCAAGCUGUGGACCGGCGGCCUGGACAACACCGUGCGCUCCUGGGACCUGCGGGAGGGCCGGCAGCUGCAGCAGCACGACUUCACGUCCCAGAUCUUUUCGUUGGGUUACUGCCCCACCGGGGAGUGGCUGGCCGUGGGCAUGGAGAGCAGCAACGUUGAGGUGCUGCACCACACCAAGCCUGACAAAUACCAGCUGCAUCUGCACGAGAGCUGUGUGCUGUCCCUCAAGUUCGCCUACUGUGGCAAGUGGUUCGUGAGUACGGGGAAAGACAACCUUCUCAAUGCCUGGAGGACGCCCUACGGAGCCAGCAUCUUCCAGUCCAAGGAAUCCUCGUCUGUCUUGAGCUGUGACAUUUCAGCGGAUGACAAAUAUAUUGUAACAGGCUCUGGUGACAAGAAGGCCACUGUUUAUGAGGUCAUCUACUGAACAAGGACUCCUAACAGGGCUGUCAAACUCUAGGAGACACCAACGCGGCUCUGACAGGGAGACGCGUGCCAGGUCCCCAGGAUGGCAGAGGAAGGGGCCGGCAGUGAGCGUUGUGGGGGCUGUGCUCCUGUGGGCGAAGAGGAUGUGCGCCCCGUCACGGCCCGGGCUCCUGGGUGUGGCUUGAUGUGUCUCACAGACUCAGAUGGGCUUUCUCCUCUCCCCCUUAACAAGUUUUGGCAGAUGCUACAAAUAGAUUUAUUUGGAGGCGUCUGCCUUCGGUUCUCCCACGGACACCCUCCUGAGUCUAUGUCUCUUCCUGUCCCCAGCCCCCCCCACCCCCCAUUUUUUUUUAAACCUGUCCUCUUCCCCACCCUGGGUCGGGGACACUGGAUUGACCACAUUGUUGUGUUGGGGAGGGGUCUCUCUCGUUCCAGAUUGUGCAGUGCACAAAGUUUGUGAAAAAUGUAAAUAACAGACUGCGGUUGCGGACUGGCCAGUGGGGGGGGGGGGGUGUCCCUUCCCACCGGAAGCUCACCGUGUAUUUUGCCUGCUGUAUUUGUAAUCCACUCGUGGUGGUGGCCUUUCUUUUUUUUUUUUUUUUUUCUUUUCUUUUCUUUCUUUUUCUUUUUCUUUUUUUAAACAGGCGUUCUCAUCAGGGAAUGGUGGCAGGGAGAGGGGAUGGAAUUGAGAGGAACAUCCAGGGUUGGGGAAUACCAGCCUGCCACCAGGCAUCACAAGGGUGAGCACCAGCCUGGGCACAUGAGAAUGGAGUGCCAGCCAGCCAGAUGAAGUGACGGGCAGUAGUACUGGGGCUGAGCCGGCUUAGGCUGCCGUCCACAGGAGCAGCGAGGACUUCCUGUGGGCUGCUCUGCUCUGCCUGACCCUUGCCCAUCCUCACAUCUCCGCGUCUGUCUCUUGCCUCUCUCCUCCUGAGCCCGUCUUUCUCUUUGGUGCACACUCCGUCAUGGUGAUGAGAAAUGGAGGUUCAAAGGAACACCCUCUCUGGCUCUCUUUCAAGCGCAGCCUAGAAAGGACACCACAUUAAAGAGGGAAAGUGUAGCCACUCAGCUCAGGGAGCUGCCAGAGGAAACAGCAACUGGCGUGGGUGCUUUUUUUUUUUAAUUUGAAUAAAAAAAAAAUAGAAGUGAUGUCCUUUUAUAAGUAAGAUGCCUUCUCCCCUUUCCUGCUUUCAGCCCCACCUCCCUGAGGCGGGGGGAGGUUUCAGACAGUCACCCCAGGGGUUGUGAGUCAGAGGAGGUUCCCUCUGCCAUUCCUGGGCAGAGAGGGCCGGGGGGCUGGGGGACUCUUGCAGCUUUCACGGGCUCCGGCAGAUUACAGGUGGGUUGUCAUCGUCUGCAGGUGCCACUUUUUGGUACCAAUGUUCGAAGUAUUAGGAUUUUGUCUUUACUUUGGUCCUUUUUUUUGUUGUUACCCAUUUAAAGAGACGCUAAAAAGGCCAUGUGAAACCUGGUGGCGGGCUCUCCGUGGAUGUAGCAUAUGGAAGAGAGCUUUUCUAUUGCCUUUUUAUGGAUUAUUUUAUAAUCUGGGACUCGGUCUGGGAGGAGGAAGGUGGGGCUCCCAGGAAACCUGCCUGUCUCCCGGUGAUCGGGCCAGAAGCUUCCCCGACAGGGUGCAAAAGUCUGGUCGCACCGCUGGUGCGAAACCUCGCACCUUCCUGCGGAGUGGGGCUGGGGCCAUCCAGAGCCUGUCUGUCUGUCUGUCUGGGUCUCAGAUAUUCACUGGCCACCUCUUGUCAAGGCUUUAGCCAGAGGGGAGGGUGAGGAUAGAAGAAAGUUAUUCCUGAAGAAAAAAAAAAAAUGAAAAGUCAUUGUAAUGAGCUGUUUUUAUAUUUUUAAAAGUUACUAUUUAAAGGUUGGUUUGAUUGUUGCGUCUUAA